AUGGUCAUAGUUUCUGCUACCACGGCAUCUACGAAUGUAGAUGAUCCCGCCUCUUCAAGAUUAAAAUUCAGCGACUACACACGGGUGGACGAAGACGUACCCGGCGAGGGCGAGAGCGAUUCCAUGCUGUUCGAUCUUCGGGAAGUCGUUGGCGUCUGUGCGUUCGAAGACGACGUGGACGAGACGGUUGGGGACUGUGGUGCGAGUGGGGGCGCAAGUAUUGGCGUUGACGUGGGAGAGGAGAGCGGUAGAGGAGAUGGGAGGGCAUCUGGAAAGGAGUUUUGGACGGGUAAUGGGAGAUGGUAA